AUGUCGAAGCUCGAAAGCAAUGGCGCUAAUGGUUCUUCCAAGCAAUUCCAUGCACCAAGUAGGCACGCUCCUACACCAGGGAAGGCAACAGUCCUUGCAUUGGGCAAGGCCUUCCCAAGCCAACUGAUCCCUCAGGACUGCUUGGUGGAGGGCUACAUUCGUGACACCAAAUGUGUAGAUGUUGCCAUUAAGGAGAAAUUGGAACGCCUGUGCAAAACCACAACUGUGAAGACUAGAUACACGGUCAUGUCCAAGGAGAUCCUGGACAAAUACCCUGAACUAGCAACUGAGGGCUCAGCCACCAUCAGACAAAGGCUUGAAAUUGCAAACCCUGCAGUGGUACAGAUGGCCUUGGAAGCUAGCCUUUCUUGCAUCAAGGAAUGGGGUAGGCCAGUUGAAGACAUCACUCACAUUGUCUAUGUAUCCUCAAGUGAAAUCAGACUACCUGGUGGUGACCUCUACCUUGCCAGCAAGCUUGGCCUGAGGAACGACGUGGGCCGCGUUAUGCUCUACUUCCUAGGCUGCUAUGGUGGUGUCACCGGCCUCCGGGUUGCAAAAGACAUAGCUGAAAACAACCCGGGAAGCCGGGUCUUGCUAACCACUUCUGAGACCACAAUUCUUGGUUUCAGGCCACCAAACAAGGCACGCCCUUAUGACCUUGUUGGGGCUGCGCUUUUCGGUGAUGGUGCUGCAGCUGUGAUCGUUGGAAGCAACCCAAAACCAGGCCAAGAGACUCCUUUCAUGGAGCUCAACUAUGCUGUCCAGCAGUUCCUCCCUGACACACACAAUGUGAUUGAUGGGAGGCUCUCGGAGGAAGGCAUUAACUUCAAGCUUGGAAGGGACCUGCCUCAGAAGAUUGACGAAAACAUCGAGGAGUUUUGCAAGAAGCUGAUGGCCAAGGCUUCAUUGAAGGACUUCAAUGAGUUGUUCUGGGCUGUUCAUCCAGGAGGACCUGCCAUUCUUAACAAGCUAGAGAGCACCCUCAAGCUGGGCAGUGAUAAGCUAGAGUGCAGCAGGAGGGCUCUGAUGGACUAUGGAAAUGUUAGCAGCAACACCAUUUUCUAUGUCAUGGAGAAUAUGAGGGAGGAGUUGAAGAAGAAGAAGGAGGAGAGGGAAGAAUGGGGGCUUGCCUUAGCUUUUGGCCCUGGAAUUACAUUUGAAGGAAUCCUCAUGCGCAGCCUGUAG